AUGCGCAGUGGGUUGACCUGCCUACUCGGCUUGGCUGGCUUAGCCUUGACUAAUGCAUCGAGUCUGGAGAAGAGAGACAGUCUGGCAGUUCUCGCGGUGCCAAUGGUACGCGACACUUCGCGUCAGCUUUCCGGGCGAUCGAUGACUCUCGGCGUCGACCUUGAUAACGAGGAUGCGCGUAAAAUAUCCUAUGUUGCAAAUGUGACUUUCGGCACCCCGCCUCAACAUUUUCUAGCUUACCUACACACCUGGGGCAAUGGCUGUUGGCUUACGAGUGUGGAUAACCAUGAUUGCGGGCUCUACGUGAACCGGUCCCUUUGUGGUGGAUACGGAGGCUACAACAUGACUACCUCAACCACUGCCAAAAAGCUCGUUGAGAUAUUCGUAUAUGAUGAUUCAGGUUCAAUGGUGGGUGGAGACUUCGUCAACGACGUUCUGACAAUUGGUGGUGUGACGAUGGACACUAUGAAGAUGGGGAUUGUCACGGAGAAUAGCAUCAUUGCCAAUACCUUGAGUCUUGGAUACGGCAAUGCAUCUUCCACCUCCCUGACCCAGGCAUUAGUCGACGCUGGUACGAUUAACUCUCCGGCUUUCAGUCUCUGGGACCAGACAGCCCUGUUCGGUGGUGUCAACAAGGCGAAGUACGACGGCCCUCUCUACACUUUCCCCAUAGUCAACGGAUCAGACCUCACAAAAGCUCUCCGUAUCAACAUGGAUGACAUCUCGAUCAACAUGGAUGGUAUCUCAGUCAACGAAACAUCCGCGACAUCAAAGGAGUUUCCGCUGGAUGCUGUCUUUGACACUGCCGUUGGAAUGACCUACGUGCCCAAGUCCGUGGCUCAAGCUCUGAAUGCCCAAAUUGGCAACACCUCCGUUCCGGAUCAUUGGGGACAAGUCAACUUCUCUUGCAGUGCAGUGGGUGAGAACUCGACAAUUAAUUUCAAAUUCGGGGAAUUGGAUUUCCUAUUAUACCUCAGCCAUUUUGUUAGCCGAGAAAGGCACACGGCGUCUCAGCGUUGGACUUCUGAUGAGGAGACGUGCUAUUUCACGAUAUGUGAGAACACCAACUACCAAUUUGAGGCAAGCAUCGUUUUGGGCUCCAACUUCAUUAGCAAGGUUUAUGCAGUCUUUGAUCUUGGGAACGACGAGAUCUCCUUGGCACAGCGUAGCUGGGAUUACGGACCGGACGAUAUUCCGGACGAUAUUGUCGAGAUUACACCGGGCAAGGAUGGUGUGCCUGGAGCGAAGAAGGACUCCGGUGGUACGGAUAAGAACGGUGCGUCUGAGCCGAAGAAGAACUCGGCUGGCAUGCGCAUCGAAAAGGCUAUGGGGAUGAGUGCUUUGGUGGUCGGUACUGCUGUGCUGAUCGUGAUUUUAUAA